GGCCUCGGUGGCUCUGCGCGCAACAGCAACGCAUCGCCGCGGCCCGAUCAGGAAGUGGAUGUGAAGAAAAUAAGCGACUGUGGAGGUAGGAUGACAUAGAGGGGGAGAGGUGUAAGAGAAGCGAGCGGAAAGAAAGAAGAGACCAUCGGAGGGAGGGAUCGACCCUGUUUCUGGACCUGCACUGAGCUGCUGCCCUCUGGGAUAUAGUCCACUGCGCCGCCAAAAAAUGCUCAUAAAGGAAUUUCGAGUGAUUCUUCCCAUCUCUGUGGAAGAGUACCAGGUUGGCCAGCUGUACUCUGUGGCUGAGGCCAGUAAGAAUGAGACGGGUGGAGGAGAAGGAGUGGAGGUGCUAAAAAAUGAGCCCUACGAGAAAGAUGGAGAGAAGGGACAGUACACACACAAAAUUUACCAUUUGCAGAGUAAAGUGCCAUCAUUUGUCAGAAUGUUGGCUCCAUCCUCUGCUCUCAAUAUCCACGAGAAAGCAUGGAACGCAUACCCUUACUGUCGCACAGUUAUCACUAACGAGUAUAUGAAAGAUAACUUCCUGAUCAAGAUUGAGACAUGGCACAAACCUGACACAGGACACCUUGAAAAUGUUCACGGGUUGGACGCGGAAACUUGGAAAAAGGUGGAUGUAGUCUAUAUUGAUAUUGCGGACUCAUCCCAAGUGGAACCCAAGGACUAUAAGCCAGAGGAGGACCCACGCAGGUUCAAGUCAGUGAAGACCAGCCGAGGCCCUCUAGGACCAGACUGGAAGAAGGAACUUCCAAACAAGAAAGACUGCCCACACAUGUGUGCCUACAAACUGGUCACUGUCAAGUUCAAGUGGUGGGGUCUGCAAAAUAAAGUGGAGAACUUCAUUCAGAAGCAAGAGAAGCGGUUGUUCACUAAUUUCCACCGCCAGCUGUUCUGUUGGAUUGACAAGUGGAUCGAAUUGAACAUGGAAGACAUUCGUCGUAUGGAGGAGGAGACACGCAAGGAGCUAGAUGAGAUGAGAGUUAAGGACCCAGUGAAGGGGAUGGUGGCUCUCGAGGACUGAGGUUGCGUCAGACUGUGAAUGCUGCUGCUCAUCAGACCAGAACACCCAGACACCAGCGGAUUCACAUCCUCCCUCUCCUCCAACUGAUACAACACCGGACCAGUCGGUCCAAACUCUUCCUCUCCCCGGUGCAAUCUGGUUUUCGGGGACCUGGACCCAGUAAACUCCCAGUUUUUCAGAUGAUCUCCUCCACCCCAUCCCACCUCCCCCGACUCCCAUUCGUCUCUCUUCUUUUUUUCCAUCCAGCGUCCCCAUCUUAAUAACUGCUCUGAGGCCUCUGGUAGCAACACUAUAGAUUUUGUCGGUCAGUCAGUCCUCUGUUUCUCUCUCAGUCUCUAAACCGUUCUAAACUACAGAGAAUAGUGUCAUAUACUCUGCAAUUUAGGAUUUAUUUCUACUUAAGAUAUCCCAAUGUGUACAUAUACAGUAUAUCGGGGAGCUGAAUAAUUGUAUUGAAAUAUAUAUAUAAAUAUAUAAAUAUAUAUAAACAGGGUUUUUAAAAAGGAUUUUGUCCCUAAGUUUGUCUGUGGAUGUUUAUUCUUCCAGACCAAGCUGUGUCUGCUCAGUGUUGCGUUCUGAUCCUGUGAUAGCUUUUUUCUCGUUUUACUUUUAUUUCUUAUUUUUUCUGGAUUUAUCGUAGUACCUCCCUUCGCUCCUUUCGUGUCAUGUUUUAUGCAGUGGGUUUUUUCUCCCUUUUGUUGCUCAAAGUCAAUUUGCAAAUCUACAAAACCGCAGCUGCACGGUUGCAAUUGUGCUCAGAGUGUUAUGUUGUGUCUGUUGUGCUCCUGGCCUACCACAUAGGAUUUCUUCGCUGUAUAUCCCUUAAUAUGUUGAUGCAUUCAUUAGGCUUUUCUGCUGCUUUGUGAGUUUGUGUGUGUGUGUGUGUGAGUGUAUGUGUGUGUGUUUCUGUAGUCAUUGUAGGUCUUCAAGGUUUCCAGACAUAUUUUUUUAUAAUUUUUCCUUCCCCAGAUCAUUUCUAGCUCGAGGAACAUUUCUAGUCAGGCUGUUCAAACAGAACACACACACACGCAAAUACACACACACAAAGAAAGACUCUCUUCUACAAAGUUAGAAGAUGAAAUGUGUGACGCUACAAUGGAAAAUGCACAGUAGACAAUUAGAAGGAGUGUAGGACUGUCUCUUUUUUCUCUUAGUCUGACAAUCUUUCCGUCCACAUGAUUCAAAGAUGUUAAAUGCAAAGCUUGUCAACAUGGUGGUGAUGUUAAAAUGAACAGCCAUCCAGGAUAUACGGUGCAGUAGAUAGAAAAACGAAUGUUAUUUGAAAACUUUAUGCCCUCUGCAUGAUUUUAUUUUUGCCCUGUCAGCCAUUCUGUCAUUCCUCCAGUGGAUAAAUGGUAUUAUCCAGUGAUAGCAAUAACUACCAUGACACAUUGGUUCCUACCUUUUAUCAUCGCAAAUCCAUUUCACUUGACAGUUUGUUUUUGUCAUGACAACAGCUUUAGUUAAACAGUGUCCAAGCUGAGAGUCAAGUUGUUGGUGAAAUAUUAAAAUGCUGGUUUUAUUGUGA